AAGUGCCAUUCGUUUCUAUCGUGACGUGUACGUGUGUAUGUGUGUGUGUGCAUAAUUUAAUUCGAGAGAAACAAGAGAAACAAAACAAAAAGUUCGUCAUUGUUUAGAAAUUAUUCCGACUUUAAAGUCUUUUGUUGCUUGUCGAGAGUUGUUUUUUUUUUUUUUUUUUUUUUUUUUUAAUCGUUUUCGUUAGAAAAUGUAUGUUACAAGACCAGCGAAAUCUGCCGAGUAAUCUCUCCGCAGGUAAGAUUCAUCUAGUGAGUUUUCUUCAGGCUGACUUGCAUCAGGGAAAUUCACGGGUCGCAUGUUGGUGGCAAUAUGUUUACAGCUUGCGUCGCGUAAAAUAGUGAUUUGUUUGCGGUAUUUUUCUCUCGGACGGCGAGGAAAAAAGUGAUCUUAACCGAAGUAGAUUAGUAAUGGGUGUAUGAGAGACCGACGACAAGUUUGAUCGUUUUAAUUGUCUCUUGUUGUGCGUGUUAUCGCAAAAAUGGACACGAGCAGCGAGCAACCGGCCGCGAUAGCGGCCGAGCCCGUCGCCAGCAACGAGCAGGAGCACAAUGAAGAGGUCAUGGAAGAGACGGAGGAGUAUAACUAUGAGGGCGAUGAUUAUAGGCAUUUUAUGCCGCGAGGCCGCGGCGGGUUUCGGGGUCGUGGCAGAGGUGGGUUUGAUUUCCCUAUGAGAGGUGGAGGACCACCUAGGUUUCGAGGAAGAGGAUUCGGACCAAGAGGAAUGUUUAGAGGAGCUAACAAUGGAUUUCCUUUCGAGGGUCCUCCUAGGCCAAAUUGUCCACCUGGUCCUGCAGGUCCAAGAUUUAGAGUACCGCCACCCUUUGAUCCUAGUUGGGGACCAAUGGGACCUCCAAACUUAAUGGGUCCUCCAAACUUAAUGGGACCGCCAGGAAUGCCACCACCACAUGUAAUGAACGGUCCAAUGGGUACUGGACCAGGUCCAUAUGGACCUCCUCCUGGAAUGGGACCACCUAACAUGAAUAGCAUUCCAGGUCAACAACAACCGUCUCAACAACCGUCACAGCAGCAAGCAAACAUUCCAGGUCUAGAUCUCAAUGGAGAAGUAUGGGUGGAGACUAAAGCAGCUGAUGGCAAGUCUUAUUAUUAUAAUAUUCGUACCAGAGAUACUACAUGGACUAAACCAGAGGGACCAAAUGUGAAGGUCAUGAUACAAGAUCAGUUAGAACAGUUAGUACACGGUGCGUCAAAGCAAACGGCUCGCUCUACAACGCCUACUUCGUCAAGUAGUACGCCAACUCAAAUUAGUGAAAAUAGAAUUUCCCAAGCCGGCGAGCAAUCGUCUUCUAAUAAUGCAGAUGCGAUUAAUCAAUUAAGCACAGCACCUCCCGGUACCGGACCACCGCCUACGUUAAAUGACACGCCAGAUGUCAGUAAUCAAGCGCCUGAGACGAAUCAAUCUAACGGUACAGCGCCCGCGACAGUUACUAGCACGCCACCGAUUACUACACCAGCUGUAAAUACGAAUAUGAUGCAACCACCACCGAAUAUGAUUCCCAUGCAACAUAGAAUGCCAAAUCAAUUUGGUGGGCCUAUUCCUGCGCAAUUCGGAGCAGCGCCUUUCGGAAUGCCACCACCUGGUUUUCAACCUUUCGGCGGUUACGGGCCGCCACAAGCAAAUUGGGGUAUGCCACAAAUGCCUCAUGGUGUAAUGGCACCUCAAACACCCGCCGAAGAUCCUGCAAUACUUGCACAACUUGAUUCUGAAUUGGUAGCAGCUGCUAUGGUUUGGACGGAACAUCGUGCGCCAGAUGGUAGACUGUAUUAUUAUAAUAGUAAAGCUGGAGAAUCAGUAUGGGAAAAACCACAAGCCUUAAAGGAUCUCGAAAAUGCGAAAUUGGCGCUGCGGCAGAAAAACGAAGAAGCAAGUACUGUUCCCGUUACAACCGCUGUUACGACCACCACCACCGUUACAAGUAACAGUACUACGAGCGAGCCCGCAAAACAAGAGAAACCCCAGCAAGAGAACACUCAGGAAACCAAAGAUAGUACAAAAGAUGCUGAAAGCGCUAAGCCGAAGAAGGAAGAGAACGUUGGAACGAAGGAACCUGCUAAACCUCAAGACAAGUCCAGACCGAUUUCUAGCACCCCCGUGCCUGGAACUCCAUGGUGCGUCGUUUGGACGGGAGACGGACGUGUGUUUUUCUACAAUCCUUCAUCACGUAUAUCAGUUUGGGAAAGACCGGAUGAUCUUAUUGGCCGUCAGGACGUGGACAAGAUGGUGUCGACUCCGCCGGACGCGGUGGGUGCUCCGAAGCCGGUGCGCCAGUCGGAUACCAGCGAAAGCAGCGACGACGAGCAACCCGUACCAGCAAAGAAAAUGAAACACGACGAUACUAAAACUACACCUGUUAAGGAAGAGGAGGAGAAAGAAGGUAAGAAGACCAUCGACAUUGGUAAGGAAGCAGCGAUAGAGGCCGAGGUGAGAGCAGCUAGAGAGCGAGCAAUAGUCCCGUUGGAAACCAGGAUUAAGGCAUUUAGAGACAUGCUCGCAGAGAAAGAUGUAUCUGCAUUUAGUACUUGGGAAAAAGAGCUUCAUAAAAUAGUAUUUGAUUCGCGCUAUUUACUUCUAAUGUCAAAGGAAAGGAAGCAGGUUUUCGAGAAGUACGUAAAGGAGAGAGCGGAAGAAGAAAGACGCGAAAAGAGGAAUAAGAUGAAAGAACGGAAGGAGCAAUUUCAAAAGCUCCUCGAAGAAGCAAAUCUUCAUGGAAAAUCGUCGUUUAGCGAUUUUGCUCAAAAGCACGGAAGGGAUGAACGAUUUAAGAAUGUAGAAAAGAUGCGCGAACGAGAAAGCCUUUUCAACGAAUAUCUUCUGGAAGUGCGAAAGAGGGAAAAAGAGGAAAAAACAGCCAAACGAGAACAGGUGAAAAAGGAAUUCUUUUCGAUGCUACGCGAACACAAAGACAUCGACAGGCAUUCGCAUUGGAGCGAUUGUAAGAAAAAAUUGGAAUCGGAUUGGAGAUACAGAGUCGUAGAGUCUGCGAGCACGCGGGAAGAUUGGUUUAGAGAUUAUGUUCGAAUGCUGAAGGAUGAGCGGAAAAAGGAAAAGGAGAAAGAUAAAGAUCAUCGGCACAGAGAGAAAGAUCACAAGACCGACAAGAAGGACAAGGAUCGCAAGGAUUCAGAUAAAGGUAAAGAAACGAAAUCUAGCAAGGACAGAUCUGAGAAAGACAACGCGAAGGAAAAGAAGCAACGUAAGAGCGAGGCGCCUACCGAGGAAAACGGAAAGGAGAAAAAAGAGAUAGUGAUAGAGAAAGAAAGCGGCGAACUUGACGAAAGUGACGACAAGAGUGUGAAAAAGGAAAAUGACGAAGAGGGAGACGAUCAUUCUGAUUCGGAGGAGGAUCGUGAGAAACAGAAAAGAGAACGUGAAAGGCGAGCGGAAGUAAGUCUUCGUGAGAGAGAACGAGAAGUACAACGAACACUUGCCACGCAUCUUCGUGACAGAGAUAAGGAGAGACAACAUCAUCGUCACGCGGAGGCUGUACAACACUUCAGCGCUCUUCUCGCUGAUUUGGUAAGAAACAGCGACUUGGCAUGGAGAGAAGCUAAACGACAACUGCGAAAGGAUCACAGGUGGGAACUGGCCGAAAGUUUAGAUCGCGAAGAGAAAGAACGACUGUUCAACGAACACAUUGAGCAAUUGGGUCGCAAAAAGCGCGACAAAUUCCGAGAAUUGCUUGACGAAGUGGGUGCGUCGACCGAGCUAACAGCAUCCUGGAAAGACAUUAAGAAAUUAUUGAAGGACGAUCCCAGAUAUUUGAAGUUUUCUUCCAGCGAUCGGAAAUGCGAAAAGGAAUUUAAGGAAUAUAUUAAGGACAAACUUGUCGCUGCCAAAGCUGAUUUCAGAGAACUUCUUCAGGAAACAAAACUGAUUACUGACAAAACGUACAAAAAAGUGCAAGAAAACAGCUCGCAUCUAACGGAAAUCGAAGAAAUUCUCAGAAAAGACCGAAGAUUUCUUGUGCUGGAAGCAGCGGCUCCCGAGCGGACUCGAUUGUUGAUGGGUUAUCUGGAGGAAUUAGCGCGACGAGGUCCUCCGCCUCCUCCCACCGCUUCAGAGCCUUCGAGAAGACCAACUACAAAUUGAAGAGAGUGGUCUACCUCGAAAUAUACAAUAUAUAUAUUCAUGAUGUUACAAAAACGAAUAAAUUUAUAGCAGAAAAAUUUAUAACUAUGACAAAAAUUAAUAAAUUUAUAGCUGUAGUUAAGUUGAAUUACUUUACACAUACACACACAAUUACCUGUAUAGAAUUCAAUAAAAGCCAAUGAAAGCCAAAUUCCAGCAACAUUUAAAUUGCGCUAUGGAGGUAUGUGUAGUGGAGUGUAAGUAUAUAUAAUAUAUAUAUACAUAUAUAUAUAUAUUAUAUAUAUUGCUAAAAAUAAGACUAAUGAAAAUAUUGAGAACAAAUUGUACUUGUGACAUCAUGUACUAUAAUAAUAAUAAUAACAACAUCAAUGCACAAUACAUGUAUCUUAAAGUGAUACGCAAAGUAUAAAAAUAAAACAAACAAGACUGUUGAUUUUAAGAGUAUCACAACGCAUUAGUCUCUAAGAUUGACAAUUUAU